AUGAAUUCAAUAAUAAUAAAAAAUAAAUUAAGAGCUUUAUAUGUGACGAUUCGAGAAUCAAAAUCGCAAAGUUAUUUGAAUCCAUCUUUUAUUUGGAUUCUGUAUAUUGGAACGAGACUUGGCCUUAUAUUGAGAGUGGAUCAAUUCAAUGGAAAAGCAUAUGAAGAUAAAUAAUUAGAGCUAAUAAAGAACUUAAUCAAUUGGUUUCACUUUUUAACCCCGAUAAAAUCUAUAGAAGUGGAUCAAUUUGAAUCUCUGGUCGUAAUAUUGAUUGCUGUAAUUCAUUGGUUAUCUUGUCUGAUCACACUGUUUAACAAUAAUUAGGUAAGGUUUUUCAAUUCAUUUCAAAACUAAUAUUUCACUUAUUUGCAAAUGUUGUAUCUGUAUCCAUCUUUUUUGCACAUUCAUUAAUUGCAAUACGCAAAUUAGGAUUAAAUAUCAGUUAUUAUAUGCACAACACCAAUUAUUUUAAAUUACUCUCUAUUUACAUAUAUUUAAAGAAAUUACGCAUUACCCAGUAAUAACCCCUUUACGAAAAGAUAUCGUCCCUACAAUUAUCUGGUAAAUUUAACUGAAAUUAUAGCCUUGGUAUUAUUUCCUUAUUUUGAUGAAGUAAUUUAAUCAAUAAUUCUAAUGAUUUAAUUCCUGAUUCAAGUGUGCGAUUCAAUUUUAAACCAACCAUUUCCAUAAUAAAUCAAUCUGAAUUAUUGCAUUGGUUCAUCAAUACUAUUUUAUUGUUCUAUAUUUAAAGGUUUAAGCAUCCACUGGACUGAAAUGGAGUUCUUGUAUUUCUGUUUAAUUUAUACUCCAUUUUUAACUGUUAUUACAAAGAAGCUAAUAAAAGUGGUAUACGAACAAAACCUAGAUAGUAAAGAGUUGAACAAAUUUAUAAUCAUAUAAAUGGUGGAUGAAUUUUACUAAAGGGACAAUAACUUUACUCAUGUUAAAAUCCUUUACACACUCAAAAACAGAUAUUAAAUAUUAAACAAUUCAAAAUUGAGAUCGGAUACCUAAUUCAAUGAUUAUAUUUUUAUCAUGUUUAAUCGAUAUAUAGACUCGCUGCCAAUACAGGAGAAAUACAAAGAUGAAGAUUUACACACUUAUAAGAUUUAGUUUCUUUAUUACACCUACGAUAAAUAGAAUCUUGCUUACAUUUAAAUAAAACAGUUUUAGAUAUAUUAAGAAUUUCAAAGUCUCUACUUCCAGAUACUGGAGAGUUUUUGUUCUGAAAUAAUCCAGAGAAAAAUAAAAAAGCAAAUCUAACAGAAUUAAGGAAGAUUGGAAUUACAAUAAAUUAGAUAAAGUUAAGCAUUACAAGAAAAAUGCUAACCUUUAAUUAUCUACAUUUUGGAAUAAAAGAUAAAAUAUUGGGACUAGUUAUUAAAUGGUUAUGAGAAUAUUGAAUAGUUAAGUGAUGUAUCUGUGAGUUUAAGUCAAAAAGUAGUGAACUUAAAGAAUAUAGUUUUUAAGGAAUUAAAUAUUCAAAUAUUCACUUUAUAGAAAGAACUGUUUAGAUUAAAUUUAGUUGAUUUACGUCUAUUAUCUCAAAUAUUUGCGACUGUUUUAAAUGAUUAUCAUAUCACACUUCAAAUUGAACAAAGGAUAGAGGAACUUCUUAAUUUGGAGAGAAAUAUAACCACUAGGAAUAUUCAAAAUAUUGGUUUACUGAACGACGAUGUUAUUAUAAUUCCUGUUAGUAUGAUAAAAAAUCCAGGUUUGAUCUUGAGUAAAAAUAAAUAGAAACUAUUCAAAUUCUUUAAAUAUCCAAAUGAAGAUUCCUAUCAAUUAAUAACUAAUAUUAAUUCAAUUUUGCCAUUAUAUUUGCAAAAAAAGCAUGAUAAAUUUGUGAAUCAGUUCCUCCAAACAGGGGAAUCAUCAUUAUUUAUUAUCAGUUAGGAUGUCUACCCUAUUUAUAAUUCUGGCUUCUCUUUUAGUGCUACUCUUUAAUUGAUACCUUCAUAUGACUAAAUAGAUGAUUACAUAUUAUCAGCUGUUGUAAAAAGAAGCACAGAAACUUAUGAUUUCAUACUAUUUGAUGAAUCUGGUAAAAUCUUAGGAUUGACAGAAUCAAUUUAUUAAUUAUUGUUAUUCAAUUCGAAAUCAUAGGUUACAAGUGAAUUUGAUAGCAAUAUAUUAAGUUCUUAUAUAUAUUUUUGGUUCAAGGAUCUUUUACUCCUAAUCAAUGACUAAUAAGAUGUGUUCACUGGAUAAUAGACAUAAUAAGCAGCUUUAAAUAUAUAAACAACAAUUAUUCAACCAAUAAAUAAUUUGGCAUCACUAAUUAAAGAUCAUGAAACAUUUAGAAAGUAACAUUUUCUAACUUAGACACACACUAUGAAAACAGAGCAGGAUGUACAAUCAGACUUAAAGAAACCUGUUAAAAUAACUUGUUUUGAAUCCAAUUAUGUUAGUUAGACAAAUGAGUUUAUCAAUGAGUAAUUGCUCAAAAUGCAUCAGAACUCUGUUUAUUUCUAGGUGACAUUUAUGGUGCACUUUCAAAAAAGGCAGGACUCUUAUCCAAUCUUUCUAUUAACUAUAAAUGAGUAUUUAUAAAAAGAAUAGAAGUAUACAGGUAGUUAAAGUGCUUAUACUUCGUUGGCGAAAACAAAAACUGUAUUAGGAAUGAAAAGUGAAUUUCAAUUACAAACUGAAUAAGAUCUUGAUGAGUUACACUAAGAAUUCUUAAUUAAUUAAACAAUCAUUAAUAAAUUAUUUAUUAAACAUGCUGAUGGAUUACCAGAUUCAAGGGAUAUAGAUUAAAAAGAGGAAGAUUUGAACAUUCGAAAUAUAAUAGAUAGGGAUUAAAAGGAGAGCAAUCUAAUAUCUCCAAGAUCAAAUAGAGAAAUAUUAAUAUAAAAAGGAUUGAUAGAAGAAGAUUCUGAAUAUAUAAGAGGAAAUGAAUCGAAUGUCAUCAAAAGCAGUUCCUAAAAAGAAAUCAAAGAAAACAUUUAAUAAGCAAUUUUACAAGAAUAAAAUGUUGAUUUUGCUCAUGAAAAGCAAUCUAAAUCUAGUGCAACUUCUGAUAAAACUUAAAAUUCAAUUUAUAAUUUGAUGCGAAAAUUGUAAUAUACUUAAUAAUUUUAAACUUCCAUACUGAAUGUUAUUUUCUUAACGAACAUAUUAACAGUAUUUUUGAUUAUUCUUGUAAGCGUAGAAUUAUCAAUAGUCAGAGAUCAUACAAAUUAAUUAGAAGUUAGUAUACCCUUAGUCAGAGUACCCCAAAGAUUUAAUAGGCUCUAUUGUACUUUUCUUACUAUAGGGUAAAUCGAAUUGUAGUCUAAAUUAUUAAACCAAUCUUACGGUGCCUAUUAUGAGUAUAGAAUAAAAAAUGAAAGUGCUUCAAAACGUAUUGAAAUUCAAGCAUUAAUGACAGAGAUCUUAGCUGAGUUUUCAUCAAUGGAAGAAAAGUAGUAGCUACCAAUAAUGGAAAUUAGAAUAAUCAAUGAAUAUGUGUAUGAGAAAUAAAAUGCUAGCAUGAUAGAGUUUGAUAAUUUAGUAAACGAAAACACUGAUUAAAUAAACUUGUUUCUCCAAAGAAUUGAUGAAGGCAAUGAAUCUGUAAAAUAGCUUCAAAUUCUUUUAUAAUUUUUAAAAGGGAAUUUGGUAGAUCAAUUAGAUCUUACAAUAGCAAUUGUUAAUUAAAUUGAAAAUGAUUUUUAUGAUCUUAUCUCAAUAAAUCAAAUUGAAGAGAUUAUAUUUUUAAUUGUAAUGCUUUUGACUAUUUUUGUGAUGCUCCUUUUAUAAUUUAGGCAAUGGUUGUAGCCAUACAAAUAUAUGUAAACAAUUCUGCUAUUGAUUGGUAAAAUAUCUGAAAGAGAUAUAGAGUAUUCUGGAGCUAGAGUGUAUUUUCUAUUAGAAAAACUCAAUCGGAAUCAUUCAAGUUGGAAAAACAUUAACUACUUUCGUGAAUUCUUUUUAUCAUCAAAGAGAUCUGCAACAUACUAAACUUUAAAGAUAUAAUCUUCAGAAACAACAAAAAAACAGAAUACUAGUAAAAAUUAAUAAUAGAGAGCAAAAUAGAUAUCUCGUAUUCAAGAAACCUCAUUUUCAAUAAAAAAUAUUUAAAUUAUGUUAUUACUCCUGUGUUUAUUGUUAUCAAUCUAUGCCAUAUCUGGAUUUAUCAUCAUGAAAACAAAUAUGGAUAAUAGUCAACCUGAACUCAAUAUAGCUAUGGAAUAUGUUAAAUUUAAAUAAGACCUUGAUGGUGUAAUGAUAAUAAGUCAAUUAUUAAAAAUAUAAUAAAUCCUAAUUGAAGAAACUAUGGUUAGUGGAAUUUUCAAAAUGAAUCCAGAAUUGAGCACGAGAGACAAAUACUUUAAAACAUUGUAUGCUGAAUUAUUAACUCAAUUCUCUCCUUUAAUUACAGAUAUGGAUGAAAUUUAUUCCAAAAUUUAUAACAAUGUUAUUGAAUCCAAGAAAAUUAGUGAAGAAAAUAAAUAAUUAUUACUAAAUUUAUACGAAAAAGAUCUUUGUGAAAUUAUCCCAACAAUUUUACCUUUUUGUGCUUAUGAAAAUGAUAAAUUCGAAUAUUUUUCUACCUUUCCACCUGCCAGUUCUGAUCUAAAUAAUAAGCAAAUUUAUAAAUAUGGAAUUAACGGCAUCUAUUAAUAGUAAGACUUUAAAAAUAUUAAUUAGGAUUAUGUCAAUAUUGAAUACACAUUAUUCUUUGGAAAAGAAUGGAAUAAAAGAUACCAAUAUUACUAAUGUUAAUUAAUUUCUCUAAAGUCCUGA